CCAACACAACCUCUCUCCUCUAUCUUCACUCUCCCUAAUUCUUCCUUAAUAUACGUUUCAAUAAAUACAAAUAUAAACCUCUUUUCUCUACCUUCUCAUAGUAUUAGGUGAUCCCUUUGAAAAUGGGUGAGGAAAUUAGCAACAAGCAAGUGAUACUCAGCAACUAUGUCAAAUCUUCUGUGAAGGAAUCCGAUAUGUCGCUUAGAACUUCCAAAAUUCAGCUCAAAAUUCCCAGGGGUUGCGACGGCGCCGUUUUGGUGAAGAAUCUCUACUUAUCCUGCGAUCCUUACAUUAUUCAAAGCAUGAAGAAGCGGAAUGGCUAUAUUGCUUCUUUCAUGUUGGAUUCUCCUAUUUCUGGAUUUGGAGUGUCGAAAGUACUGGAUUCAACUCAUACGAAUUUCAAGACGGGCGAGCUAGUGUGGGGGUUUACUGGCUGGGAGGAGUAUAGCCUUAUUAAAGAUACAAACAUAUUGUUUAAGGUUCAUGAUAAAGAUUUGCCUCUCUCUUAUUAUACAGGGAUUCUUGGCAUGCCUGGCAUGACAGCUUAUGUUGGUUUUUUCGAGUUUUGCUCUCCCAAAAAGGGGGAUAUUAUGUAUGUCUCUGCUGCAUCCGGAGCUGUUGGUCAGCUCGUUGGUCAGUUUGCAAAGACCGCAGGUUGUUACGUUGUUGGGAGUGCAGGGAGCAAAGAAAAGGUCGAUCUCUUGAAGAACAAAUUGGGGUUUGACGAAGCAUUCAACUACAAAGAAGAGCAAGACUAUGAUGCAGUGUUGAAGAGAUACUUCCCCGAUGGCAUAGACAUCUACUUUGACAACGUGGGAGGGAAGAUGCUCGAAGCGGUGCUAAACAACAUGAGACUCCAUGGUCGUGUUGCUGUUUGUGGGAUGAUCUCCCAAUACUGCCUUGAGCAGCUCGAAGGCGUCCACAACUUGCUUUACCUAUUCACAAAACGGAUCCGUAUGGAAGGAUAUACCGUUAGCGACCACUACCAUCUCUACCCGAAAUUCCUGGAGAUGGUUGUGCCUCUAAUCAAGGAAGAGAAGAUCACAUACGUCGAAGACAUUGCCGAAGGCAUUGAAAGCGCGCCUGGGGCUCUCGUUGGCUUAUACUCCGGUCGCAACGUCGGGAAGCAGGUGGUGGUGGUUGCUCGUGAGUAAUUCUAUUUUUCGCAGAGUGAAUCAUUGGCAAUAAGGAAGGACUUAAAUAAGGUUAUAAUCAUGAAUUAUAAAUAUAUACUCAUGAAUGAUGUAUUGUUAGUAAUUGACACAGGUAAGACUUAAAUAAAGUUAAUCAUCAGAAAUGAAACAUUCAAACACUUA